CCCGGAGCCCCUCCACAACAAGUGCACGGUAUUGCAAUAGACUCGAAAAGCGUGCGAAUUGAAUGGGAACCCCCACCCCUUCCCAAACAUCACGGAACCAUUACUUACUACAAAGUUAUCUAUUAUGAAGAUAAUAUAAACCCCUCUAAAAAGUCCGAAACUAAUGUAACCGCAAAUGAGCACUCAGUUGUACUCAGAAAUCUCAACAAAUGGACUAAUUAUCGCAUUUCAGUGAUUGCGGGCACAGUGUUAGGCGACGGACCCGCUUCUGCACACAUUAUUGUGCGGACCGACGAAGACGGUAAGGGCUCACCACUCGUCCACUUGUUUGGCUUCUCAGCUCUUUUCUAUCUUCCGGGUGAACCUCGAGAUGUAAAGGGAGGCCCUAUAAACAGCACAGCAGUAUUGGUUGAAUGGUUGGCACCCAUUCAUAAGGAACAGAAUGGUUUGAUUAGAGGCUAUCAAAUACAUGUUCAAGAAAUCAAUGCAAACGGGGAUCUGAUUAACGAUCCGAUUCGAUACGAUGUGGCCGACGGUAUGGCAGAGGACUAUAACGUGACUGGUCUGCAGCCCGACACUGAGUACGCCAUUCAAGUGGCUGCUGUCACUCGUAAAGGGGACGGCACUCGUAGUCGCUCGACAAACGUACGCACUUUAGGGGGCGUUCCAUCGAGACCUGAUAUUCUGAUCCGACUAUUACAAGACGAGCCACAGAUGAGUGUAGAGGUGCAGUGGUCGCGACCCAAUCACACCUACGGACAGCUAAUUAAAUACAAACUAAAAUACGGACGAAUCGAUAGUCCCAACAGAGAGGAGAUGGAAAUUGAACCGCAAGAACAGCACAGAAUUAUAAGGGAUUUGGACAGAGGGGCCAGAUAUGAGUUCCGCAUUGCAGGCAGUAAUGUGAUUGGUUGGGGUCAGGAAUCUGUAGCAUAUGUCGAGACACCAGAAGGUAUACCACGAGCUCCACCGCAAAACCUUACAAACCGUUUGCAAAGUCCGACUACAGUUGUUGUGAAUUGGGAUCCACCCCUUCCUCAGUACAGAAACGGCAAAAUAUCCGGUUAUGGAAUCCAUUUCCACAAACUAUCGGAUCAAUCGCCAAACGAAUACAACACAUCUCAGACUCGAAUGGUUUUUAGUUCAUUGGAUGAAAACACUGAAUACUCUUUUCGAGUGAGAGCUCAUACAAGUCGAGGAGCGGGUCCGUGGAGUAAUCGAAUCCAAAUGCAAACUCCGGGAGACGUUCCGCCGGCGCCAACAAACGUGCAAUCGUUGAGUACUUCCGAGACAUCUGUGGAGGUUUGGUGGGAUGAGAUGCCAUUCUUCAAUGAUAUAUUGGGUUAUCAUGUCUUAUACUCACAAACGCCUGUCGAAGAUCUCGAUCUGUGGUAUAGAAAAGAAGUGUCGCUCACGUGGUCGGCAGCUAUUACAGGCUUAGAGCCUAAGACCAUGUAUGCCAUACGAGUGGCCGCCUAUACUAAUCAGGGAUUGGGACGACUUUCCGAAUUAAUAACUGUUAGAACAGAUCCCACUGACGUUCCACUAAACCUACAGGCGCUCGACGUGACCACUCAUACCAUGACACUUAGUUGGAAGGCACCCAAAAAAUUGGAACCAAUUAAGUAUAAGAUAACAUAUGGUUCUCACAAAGAAUUCUACGACAGUCAGGGAGUUCUUCAAAAGCUGCCAAUCAGUCCGGAAUCCAUUUACGUCUCAUCAGAUGUUACCGAAUAUAAAGUCAAUAUUUUGAUGCCAUUCACUACAUAUCAAGUGAACGUAACGGCCGUCCCAUCAGACGAGUCGUUCCGACCGCCCGCCAAAAUCACUGUUACGACAGCUAUGGCUGCGCCUAAGCCUAUGGUUAAACCCGAUUCCAUUGAAUCGCAAAACAAACAACAGAUUACAGUAAUCCUUCCGCAAGCCUCCGAAGAGUACGGCCCUAUCAGUCAUUACUAUUUAGUAGUCGUUCCGCACGACUUCGCCACUAAAGAGCCCGACAAGUAUUCUAUAGAAGACUUGUCUUCGACACCGAGUGACCGAAUCGGUCCCUAUAUUGCCGCCAAAUGGAUGAGAAGAGCCAUUCCCAACACCUUCUCUCUGGGUGACGGACAGAAAUACAAUGGAUUUGUGAACAGAAGACUAAUUAAAGGCGUUUUAUACCAUAUAUUCAUUCGAGCCGUUGUCGACACUCCCAUAAAGAGCCUCUUCACGAGUUCACCAUUUUCUGAUGUAUUGAGUUUGGAAGCGAUUACGGCUGAAGGACACGGAAGAAGUAUUAAUGUUCAGCAGACAGAGUCACAGCCAACAGAUCGACCGGGAGAUAGAGUUCCAGUCACUCGAGCUGGCGAUAAGUCGGGCGCUAUUCUUAUCCUAUCCAUAGUAUUGGCCAUUCUUUUAGUGGUUAUGUCCGUCGGGUUUUGCAUUAUUAAGAGGUAUUUAACUCCAGGAAAACGAUGCUUUCGAAGACUUAUUUCCUAUUUUAUUGCUCGCAGACGUCGACAACUCGUCAAAACUCCCGCAGCGGACACUACAAUGAAAUUAUUAUUGAGUUCCGCAGAACCACGUGAUAUGACGACUCAUCCAUCAGAUCCGGUAGAGUUGCGUCGACUGAACUAUCAGACGCCAGCGAUGAUGAGUCAUCCGCCCAUUCCGGUCACAGAGCUGGCCAACCAUAUCGAGCGCCUGAAAACAUCGGAAAACCUGAAGUUCUCUCAAGAGUACGAGUCUAUAGAGCCGGGACAGCAGUUCACUUGGGAUAACUCGAACAUCGAGUUCAACAAACCUAAGAACAGGUACGCCAAUGUGAUCGCCUAUGACCACAGCCGAGUCGUUCUCCAGCCCCUGGACAGCACUCCCGGCUCUGACUAUAUUAACGCCAAUUACUGUGACGGAUAUCGCAAACAAAAUGCAUACAUUGCUACUCAGGGACCACUGCCCGAGACUUUUGGCGAUUUCUGGCGAAUGGUUUGGGAGCAGAGGAGUGCAGCCGUUGUUAUGAUGACUAAACUGGAAGAGAGGACUCGUAUAAAGUGCGACCAAUACUGGCCAUCGCGUGGCACUGAAUCGUAUGGUGUAAUGCAUGUAACGCUCACUAAUUAUGAGGAGUUGGCCUCGUAUUGCAUCCGAACAUUCAGUUUGCAGAGAACCGGUUAUGUGGAUACACGAGAAGUACGACAGUUCCAGUUCACUGCUUGGCCCGACCACGGCGUGCCCGACCACCCGACCCCCUUCCUCAUGUUCUUGAGGAGAGUCCGGACUAUGAAUCCACCAGAAGCUGGUCCUCUCAUUAUACAUUGCUCUGCGGGCGUCGGCCGGACGGGUUGUUAUGUUGUAAUCGACUCAAUGCUCGAAAGACUCAAAUACGAGAACACGAUCGACAUCUACGGUCACGUGACAUGUCUGAGAGCUCAACGCAAUUAUACGGUUCAGACGGAGGAUCAGUAUAUCUUCAUUCACGACGCAGUACUCGAGGCAGUGAUUGCCGGCAACACAGAGGUGUCGGCCCGCAGUCUCUAUAACCACAUCCAACUGCUGAUGCAAGUGGUUCCCGGAGAAAACAUCACUGGAAUGGAGUUGGAGUUCAAGAAGAUUGCGUCGAUGAAGACUGUGGUCAAUAAGUUCAUCAGUGCUAACCUUCCCGUCAAUAAGUUUAAGAACCGACUCAUGAAUAUAUUGCCGUAUGAGUCGACGCGAGUCUUCUUACAGCCCCUCAGAGGAGUCGAGGGAUCCGAUUAUAUAAACGCCAGCUUUAUUGAUGGCUAUAAAUACCGGAGCGCUUAUAUCGCAACUCAGGGACCCCUCCAGGAGACCACUGAAGAUUUCUGGCGAAUGCUUUGGGAACACAAUUCAAAUAUUGUCGUCAUUUUAACCAAACUCAAGGAAAUGGGACGCGAAAAGUGUCACCAAUACUGGCCUUUAGAACGCUCGCAGAGGUACCUGUAUUUUGUGGUCGACCCCAUCACUGAGUAUAAUAUGCCUCAGUAUAUACUCAGAGAAUUCAAAAUCACUGACGCACGGGACGGCCAGUCGAAAGUGAUCCGUCAGUUCCAUUUCGUGGAGUGGCCCGAACAGGGCGUUCCCAAGUCUGGCGACGGGUUCAUUGAAUUUAUAACUCAAGUGCACAAAACAAAAGAGCAGUUCGGACACGACGGCCCCAUUGCUGUCCACUGCAGGUAUGUCUUGCAACCGCUUCUCUAUGCGUUGAAUUUAUUUAACAAAUGGUUUGACGUUGCUGGUGUCGGCCGAACCGGGGUUUUCAUAACAAUGAGUAUAGUAUUAGAGCGCCUCCAGAACGAAGGUGUGGCCGAUCUCUUCCAAACAGUGAGAACAUUGCGAACCCAAAGGCCAGGUAUGGUUCAGACCGAAGACCAGUACCAGUUCUGUUACAGAGCGGCACUCGAGUACAUCAGUUCGUUCGACAACUACACCAACUAAUGAAGGGAUACCUCUACUCAUACAUCAUGUCUUCACUCACAUUAUGAUUAAUUUUGGGCCAAAUUAUCGUCAGUACAAACUGUUUGUCAACACAUUUUGAUUCAAUGGAUAAUAAUGAACUCAAUAUUUGCGUUUUGGCAGCAGAACUGGUGGUAAAGUUCCUCAUUAUUUGUUUUAUAUGUAAAAUCCAACCAUUGAUUUGCAGCUCAAGUCUAAUAUUAAUAAUUGAAUGAAUUAAUGGCAAUAUAUAUACAGUAUAUAUGACUUCAAACGAAUGAUUUGUGCCUAAAAUCUAUUUGAAUAGUAUUUCUAAAUGCAUUCAAUGAGUCAUUUAAAUGAGAUGUUGAUGUCUUGGUGUCCCUUUUUUGGUCUAAUUCUAGUCUCAAAUCUAAACUAUUGUCUGAAACAUCCGCUAAAGUCAUGAAUUAAUUGAAUUUAUAUGAGAAUCGAUUUUUGUGCCUCUCUUUCCUAUGAGUUAUGCUUUCUUUUCAUUGAUUUUAUUAUUCAUUAUAAAUGAUGUGAUUUUCAUAUGCGAUGUGUUUGUGACUCAAAAUUAACAGUAAAUACAGUAAAACAAUACAAUAUUCCAAACAUUAAUCGUUAGGCUCUACUGUACCAUACAUUGUGCUACAAUAUGUAUAACUUUUAAUUACACAACAAUUUCUAUGACAUGUAGUCGUUAUUACCUAAACUAAUGAUUAUACCGUAAUUGAACCAAUAAUUACUUAAUUGUAACUGGGUUACAAACAUAUAAAAUAAUCUCAAUUCUAAUUCUAAUACAAAAUUGACGC